AUCCGCAAAUACGACCCCGGAUACGCCAUUUGUGCCUUGAAGUUUCAGUCGAUAGGACGAUGUGUGGCCGGUAGUUUCAUUCGCUUCAUCAAGAACAGUAUCGGCUAUGAAUGGAAAACAUCCACGAUAAGAGUGAGCUAUUAUGAGGCAACACCAGAGGGGCUUUUCUUUUCGAAAUUCAUCAACAUUUUUAUUUGUAAAGCGUAUUUCUACGCUCGUAAAGUUUUUUGAGCGAUCGCGAUUCGGGCACACAGUCAGCCCAGGUCAAAACAGUGAAGAAGCGGGAUUGUAGUUAUCGCAAGCACUAUUCGUCCUUUCUCUUCAUGAUAAUUUACUUUUUCUAAAGACGAUGAACUUGAAGAUCGCAUUAGGUGUAAUUAUUCAGUUCUUUCUUAGUAUAUCUUAUGCCAAAGAAACACAAACUUUUUCGGAUAAAUGGGCAGUCCACAUAGAAGGAGGAGAAAGGGUGGCCAGGUCGUUGGCAGAAAAACAUGGAUUUACUUAUCUGGGAAAGAUAAUGGACGAUAUCUACCAUUUUCAACAUCGACAAGUAGCCAAACGGUCCACCUCUGCAAGCUCCCAUCACCACACACAUUUAGUGAAAGAACCACAGGUAAAGUGGCUGGAGCAGCAAGUUGUGAAGAAAAGAGUUAAAAGAAAUGUCCAGUUUAAUGAUCCAUAUUGGAACCGCAUGUGGUAUUUGAAUCGUAAUGACUUGGAGCUAACAAUGAAUGUCAUACCAGCUUGGGAAAAUGGCUUCUCAGGCAAAGGGGUGGUUGUCACUAUUUUAGAUGAUGGAAUAGAAAAGGAUCAUCCAGACUUGGAGAAAAACUAUGACUCUGAAGCAAGUUAUGAUGUUAAUGGCAAUGAUGACGAUCCCCAGCCUAGAUAUGAUUUCUCCAAUGAAAAUAGACAUGGGACGCGCUGUGCUGGAGAAGUAGCUGCCUCGUCUAAUAACAAUGUGUGCAGUGUUGGCAUUGCUUAUGAUGCAAAUAUAGGAGGUGUUCGUAUGUUAGAUGGAGAUGUGACAGAUGCCGUAGAAGCAACAUCUCUCAGUCUCCGUCGAGACCACAUAGAUAUUUACAGUGCUAGCUGGGGGCCUGAUGAUGAUGGAAGGACAGUGGAUGGGCCAGCAACACUAGCCAAAAAAGCUUUUAAAGAUGGGGUCUCCAAAGGUCGCCAAGGUCUGGGUUCUAUCUUUGUGUGGGCAUCAGGGAAUGGUGGCCGUGAUGAUGAUAGCUGUAACUGUGAUGGGUAUACCAACAGUAUCUACACACUGUCCAUUAGUAGUACAACUGAAUCAGGGAACAUUCCAUGGUAUUCAGAGGCCUGCUCCUCCACUCUAGCCACCACUUACAGCAGUGGCUCAGGAAAUGAGAGACAAAUAGUGACCACAGACCUGAGAAAAGCUUGCACUGAGUCUCAUACUGGAACCUCAGCCAGUGCCCCACUAGCAGCUGGGAUAUGUGCUUUAGCCUUACAAGCAAACCCCAAUCUGUCUUGGAGAGAUUUACAGCAUAUUGUUGUGAUGACGGCCAAACCCCACAAAUUACGAGCAGGGGACUGGACCACCAAUGGGGUGGGAAGAAAAGUUAGUCAUUCCUUUGGUUAUGGUUUAAUGGAUGCAAGUGCAAUGGCCUCCAUGGCUAAGAACUGGACCUCAGUGCCAAAACAGCUCAUCUGUGAAAUCCCUGUCCCCAAGAGUAACAGGGCAAUUACUGCAAGAAACACGAUAACCGUGUCAAUUCGAACAGAUGCAUGUUUUGGCACUGCUCACCACGUGCGUUACCUUGAACAUGUUCAGGCCAAGAUCACACUGUCCUCAGAGCACAGAGGUGCCAUUCAGAUUUUCCUCACAUCUCCAUCAGGCACCAGAUCUACACUUUUAGCCAAAAGAGCCCGGGAUACCUCAAAGGAUGGGUUUGGAGACUGGGCCUUUAUGACCACACAUAACUGGGGGGAGAAUGCAGAGGGAAAGUGGACACUGGAAGUAGAAAAUAGUGAUGCUAUGCUCCGCCGAGCACGCCUACAUGACUGGACUCUAGUUUUGUAUGGAACAGAAACAGACCCACUCGCACCACCUACACCUUCCCCCAAAACCACCACCCCCCUUAAAACCACCUCGCCUGUUCCUACGAAAACAAAGAUACGAUGGCCAACAAAGACAACAACUGAGCCCACUACUGCUACUACCACCACUCAUUUCUAUCAGUACCCCCUGAGGGUCACAACGGCGGAGUUGAAGGGUUUCACAUUGGUGCUUCAUGGAACCUCACAGCAUCCUCUGAGCAACUACAAUGAUUCCCAGAAGUCAUCAGGUUGUACAGAUGGCAUGUAUGCCUUGGGCUCAGACUGCCUGGAGACUUGCCCUGGGGGUUACUACCCAAGCACCUCUACCAGAAACAACACUAACGGUACUCUCCAACUAGUGUGUAAAGUGUGCAAUGUGUCAUGCCAGACGUGUUCGGGACCCACUCCUCAACAGUGUCUUACUUGCCAUAAGAACUAUAUCCAAAGUAAGGGAGCUUGUGUGCCUCUGAGGGAGAGACCCAUGUCUUACAUAGAACCAAAAGUCAUAUGGAUGGUUGCAAUUGCUAUACUGUUCUGUGUGUCGUCUAUUGUUCUGUUUUUGUUGAUAUUUUUCCUUUUCCAAGCAUACAGUAAUGGGUAUUUGUUUUGGAGGAAUAGGAAAGCCAAUGGGGUAGAUGCUGCUAAGGGGGAGUAUCGAGGUUUGAAAACUGGGAAUUCUGACAAGAGUCUUCUUGAUAGUGAGACAGAAGAUGAUCUUGAUGACACCAGUGGAAGAGUUUGAGAUGUGUAUUGCAUUUAGAUUUUUUUUUUAAACAAAAAUCACUUUAUUGUUAUGUAUGGACAUUUAAAAAUUAAUAUGAUUGUUUUUCCUGUCACUGUUUUAUUCUCAGGAUAUAAUAGUUAAAGUGGUGUUUUUUGGAACUUGUUAAUCGACCAAAAGAAUCAUUUGUGUUCAUAUCCAUAAGGUUACAAAAAUAUGCAAGUUUCUAUCCUCAAUCAAUAAGGUUGAGAAAACAACAGCAUUUUUACCACAGUACAUAUGGUUGCAGCAUUUUUUACAAUUUAAAACACUUGUUAAAUGACAAUUUAUCAAUUAGAUUAGGGAAUUGGGUGAUUUUGCAGGUGUCAUUAAAUGCUUUAGCAAUAAAUAAAUCAUUAUAAACUGGAAUCUGGCAUCAAGAGACAGCCAUGAACAUGAUGUAGAACUGUUUUUUUUUUUUUUUUUUUUUCUUUUUUUUUUUGAAAAGAAGAUAUAUCAAAUUAUUUUUGUAUACUUUUUUCUCUGUUGAGCAGUGCUGGACUUGUUGAUAUUAUUACCCAAAUUUGCUUGAAAAUAUGUCAAAUUAUAUGGUUAUAUUAAUAAAAAAAACUGAUGCUUUUUUGCAUGCUUUAGCUAGUAACAGCUUUUAUUUACCUAUAUGAAUCAAAAUUUUCUUUAGAUUUUUUUAAUAGUAAGUUAAGAUGACAUCAUCAUAUUUAUUAAUAUUUAUAUAGUAGUGACCUGGUAUUAGACAUGACCAAUUUGUAUAUUUUGACUGGGCAGGAUGUGUUGACUUAGUAGUGUACAGUGGACUUCUUGACUUCAUUGAGUGUUAUUACAAGAUUUAGUAGUUUGAAAACCCAAGUUUUGUACAACUGAGUUGAGGUGCUAAAGAAACUAGAGCAAAAUAAUCUCAUCCUAUUUCUGUCAAUCUGAAAUACUAUAAUCUGGUCUUUUUUGGUUUAUUAUGUUCUAGUCGGUUCUAAAGUUGAAUUUUUAUAAUAAUUUUUAGGGAGAAUGAACCAAAGCUUUAUUAGCCAUCUUACCAGCCUUUGCUCUUGCACGUUUGCUAUAUGCUAUGAUAUAUGCAGAUUGUAAGCAAAUAACUUACAUAUUAUGAUAUUAAAAUUCAGGGCUUUUAUUGUGAAACAAUUUGACAAACUGAAAUAAAAAGUUAAAUUGAA